AUGGAGGAGUCGAGCGAGAGGAGGCCAGUCCGGUUAGGGGAAUACAAGAUCCCAGAAUUGAUAAAUAUGUCGAUGGUGGAUGACGACAUGAAAAUCAUAUCCAUUAAACCACAUGAAGACUGUGCUAAAAAUUAUCAACGAAUGAUUGUAGAUAUGAAUCAAGAGUAUCUGCGUUUGAGACGUGAGAUCUACGAAUUCUUUUUCGCCGAGAAUUUGAUCGGUACCAGCCAGAGAUCUUACAUGAUUCUCCCGCCAAGAUACUCGUCCGACGUGGUCUUUGACCUCCAAGGAGAAGAGGAUCUUAUUCUUCUUCUCGGAGGUGUAUCUGAACGGCCACGUCCAACUCUUCGUAAGGCUAGACGUACACGAGAUCUUCCAUCUCGUGUAUCUCGUCGAUCCUCACAGGUAUCUCCACCCAUUUAUCUACGCCAUAGAUUUCUACCACAGUCACGGAAAGGUUCUUCUACUCGACGUCAACGUUGA